GGUUUACACAAGGAGACGUUGGAUUAGCAAUGGGAAGGCUUUACGGGAACGACUUCAGCCAGACUACAAUCUCUCGAUUUGAAGCCCUCAACCUCAGCUUCAAAAACAUGUGCAAACUUAAACCUCUUCUGCAGAGAUGGCUAGAGGAUGCCGAAAAUUCCCUCAAUAAUAGUUCUCUUAUGUUUGGGAACGAGCCAUUCACAUCAGAAAGAAUUGGACGUCGACGAAAGAAACGAACUAGCAUCGAUAUGAAUAUGCGACAAGCUUUAGAAAAUGCCUUUAAGGAAAACCCAAAACCUACCUCAGAAGAUAUUCUUCAGUUAGCUACCUCGUUGUGUAUGCCGAAAGAGGUUGUCAGGGUUUGGUUUUGUAAUAGAAGGCAGAAGAGGAAGAGAAUAACACUGCCUUCUCCAAUGAACACGUCUUUCCCUUCUAGUGUCAUGUCAUUCCAACUUGUUCAUUCACCAUCUCCAAGCACAUCUUCUAACAAAGGUCUUCGGGUACCCGACUUCCAUGCUUUCACAGUAACUUCGGCUUCCUCGUUAGGUGGCUCUGCUAUUGACAGAGAGUAGUCUGAAAACAAAAUGAUACAAUUUUAAAGUUACAUCCAGAGGAGUUUUUCUAUUUGUUUCAUGUACUUUGCAGAAACUGUACAGUAAACAGUUUGUGUUGGAAUGAAAAAGUAAUGGUUCCAGUGUCAGAGAACAACAGAAUGAAUAUACAAAAGUACAAUCAAAACAAGGCUUAAGUUCAUGACGUACUUCGAAAGAACGUGUAUAUAGUCGUUAAAAGUUUGUUUCCAGAAGACUCGGCGAUCAUCGACAAUGAUAUAUAGAUAAGAUACCACAUUUAUAAACUCCGUUCUCUCCUUUUGUUGUACGUCCUUCAGUCUCUCAAAGAAACAGUGAAAAUUUUAACUAUUGCUCUAGUUAAAGCACUCUGUAGGGUUUAAUAUAAAGGCCCCGUUUUCAUUACUUAGAUCUGAAAAUACUUUAGGUAUUUUUACAGUAUACGACUAUCCUCUGUUAUUUAUUCAUAGUUAUUUAGAGGACUAGCUGGUAAAUUGGUAAUUUCUUACUAGAAUGUGUUGUUGAGCACAAAGAUACACAAUGAGCUAUAUGGAUUCAGUCAACCGCGGGUAUCGAAAACUGAAUUUUAGAGUUAUAAGCUCUCAGACUUGCCGCUGAGCCGGGGAACAUUCAAAAGCAACUGCCAUUUGUAAGGGUUAAAGGUCACGUAUUGUUAUACUGAACCACGUUGUUGUAGUACAAAAUUAUGUUGAAGGAGCUCGACCAAUUGGAAUGGGGCCCACUAUAGUCGGUAUUUCUUCAAACCCCCCUAUUUUACGUCUUUCGUGCCAGCCUCGUUACAGCUGACAAGAUGUUAGUUUGUUUUUAAACACAAAGCUACAUAGCAGGUAUCGAAACGCGAAUUUAAAAUGUUGAAAGUAGGGGACUGCCAAAACGUAUCAGAGCUGUUAUUAUUGAUGAUUAAGCGGUUGUGAUGUAAACAUUUACACCGAUGUUUUCCAGAUACGAUAGAACUGAAUGUACAAAGUUACUAUAUUACAUCUUAUAUAAACGAUUCUCAGUGUCUUAAAGUUAGGUUGUCGUCUUCUGGGAUUGAUAUUAAAAUUUAAUCAACUUAACAUUUUAACAUCACAUCGGGGCUAUGCGUGUGUGAUAAGUAUUUUUUUUAGUGUACACGAGUCGUACCUAAAGUAACAAGUGUACAACUUGAGCUGUAUCAAUGUUUUAAAGGUGUACUAGCAUCGUGUAUCGAUGUUAUAUAUUAAAACCGAGGCCAAUUAUAAACGGAUAAGUUAUUCAAUCUACCUCAUUAAAUAACUUUGCUAUAAAAUGAUAAAUAUUCAAAUAGUCGUUCAUAUUAUAUUAGUGAUUAAUGUUAAGACUUGUGCAGUUAUUUUCAUCCUGUUAUAUAGGAUUUGUUGAGGCAUUCAUUCUGAAAUAAAUGCUGGUUACAAUGAGCUAGGAAUUCCACAGAUUUCGGGAGUGUAACAUUAUGACGUACGAAACACUAGCGUUAAAAAAUAGGAUAUGCAGGCAAAGAACAGAAGUGUUCGUUACUAUUCGCCAUCUGAAAAUAAUUUAGGCUUACGAGUAUUUUCUCAAAACUUAAAAUUAAAUCUUAAGAAAAAUUAAUGAAUGUUUAGAUGAAAAUGGAACCCAUGGAGUGACUUAUUUAAAUAUCUUUUUUGUUCCUCUUCAGCUCUUAUAUUUUCCAUCCCUAUACAUCAACAGUAUUAUAUUUUACAAACUAGUGUGCGUAGUUAUAAGUGUGAUGUGUAUUACAAUCCAAAACCGACGUAUUACCAACUAUGAUAAACCAGUAUUCCUCAUGAUCUUAUUCAUUUGAAUAAUAUUAGUGAUAACCUAACCCUGCUCGUUAAAUUCGUGCUCUUUUGAUCACUUUCAAUAGAUAAGAUAUUUAACCAAACAUUUUGGUGACUGCGAGAAAAAAUCUAAAUAUUAAUUUGAUAUAAAACGUUUGUUUUGAAAUAGGCAUAGUUAGGUUAAGAUCUACAUUUUGUAACCACGUACAAAAACUCUAGACCAUUUUUUAACUAUGUAUUAGCAUCGGAUAGAAAAUAAAGUUAAAUUUAAUACGUUUUUAUAUUUUUGAAACUAACAUUUACCUUCGUAACAUUCCAGACUCGUUAGAAUCGUUUUGGUAACAAAUUUAAAGAGCAAUUACAACAACAAAUGAUAAAACGUUUUUAAAAGAGUUCAUUUACUUAAGAAGUAUUAUUUCUUUUAAACAAGGAUGUAGAUAACUAGUACCUCAGUCGAUUGUAUUCUUAUGGUUAGUGUGAGUUAUAACAAGCUAGUACUUCAUAUGGACUUGUUGUUGUUGAGAUUUCUGAUGUUUUACUGCAUUCGUUAGAUUUAAGGAUUUUCUUCGUUCCGUUUUGCACCCAUCACCGCGUGGAUAUUUACGAUUGAAAUGUGUUCACUGCAAAGCUUUUGAUAUCAUUGGGAGAAACGUGUUUUAUUUUGAAAGAUCUGUAUAGUUAGGUAAAGUUACAUAAACCUGAAAGUUUUAUCACGUUUUGUUUGCAUAUGAAUCAAGUCAAUUAAAAACGUAUGCUACACCAAAGAAAUGG